UUUUUCUUUCUUUUUGUUGAGCUGAUCAGUGUGUCCCUGGAUUUAUUUAGAUAAACUUGUUUGCGAAAUGACGCAAACACUUAUCCAGUCCAAAUCGAUCGCGGCGGCCUCGCUCCACGUGCCGCUGCCACGUCAAUGGCAUCUCUACGUGUGGCCAUUUGCUACCAUCCUGUAUCCUGUGUGGACUUAUAUCUACAUGGUCAAGUACGAUGAAUACAUUGUCUCGCAAGAAUGGACGUUUGUCACUCUUGGUAGUAUCGUUACGUUGCACGCCCUCUCGUUUUUGGUGUGUCAGUGGAGCGUGUCCAUCAAGGCUCUGCUCACUUGUGUCAAGGAACACAAUGUACAAAAGGCUACUGUGAUUAAGGUUGUUCCGUUCCGUCAUCAAGGUACCGGUACCUUGUGUGAGAUCCAUCAUGGCGAGAAGGGUGAUAUCUACUUUUACUUUCAACAAAACAAAUUCAUUUGGAACCCGGAUAAGAAACAGUUUGAAAUGCUGGUCUAUCCAUCGGAUUUGUGCCCACCUGUUUCAGCCUAUCAGUCGCUCAAGGGAUUGGAAACCAAAAGUCAGAUCGAGAAUGUACACGAGACUUAUGGUCCUAACCGAUUCGAAAUUCCUGUUCCCAAAUUCAUGGAUUUGUUCAAAGAACAUGCUGUGGCCCCUUUCUUUGUCUUUCAGAUCUUUUGUGUUGGCUUGUGGUGCUUGGAUGAAUACUGGUAUUAUUCGCUGUUUACACUGUUCAUGUUGAUCGUUUUUGAGGCCACGGUUGUCUUCCAACGUCUCAAGACCAUUGGUGAAUUCCGUGCCAUGAACCAAAAGCCGUUCACCGUCUAUGUCAAGCGUGAAAAGAAGUGGAUCCAAAUUGAAAGUGAUGAAUUGCUCCCGGGUGAUGUAGUAUCUAUUACGCGUACCAAGGAGGAUCAAGGUGUCCCUUGUGAUUUGGUUAUUUCGGAUGGCUCGUGCAUUGUCAAUGAAGCCAUGCUUUCCGGUGAAUCUACUCCUUUGCUAAAGGAAUCUGUCGCGUUGCGAAACCCUGAUGAUGACUUUGAUCUGGUCAACGUUGACAAAUUGAACGUGCUCUAUGGUGGCACCAAGGUCUUACAGGUCACACCCCCCAUGAACGAUGCAGCUCCUGAUGGUGGAUGUAUCUGCACUGUUGCUCGCACAGGCUUUGGCACGUCGCAGGGUAACCUUGUGCGUACCAUGAUUUUCUCGACGGAACGCGUUACUGCCAACAACUUUGAAGCUCUGCUGUUUAUUCUGUUCUUGUGUGUCUUUGCCAUUGCUGCAUCGUCCUAUGUCUGGCAAGAAGGUGUCAAGAACGAUCGCAAGCGAUCCAAGUUGCUAUUGGACUGUAUCUUGAUCGUCACGUCCGUCGUACCACCUGAGCUGCCCAUGGAGCUUAGCAUGGCAGUCAACAGCAGUCUUGUUGCAUUGGCAAAAUAUGCCAUCUACUGUACCGAACCGUUCCGUAUACCAUUUGCUGGCAAAGUGGAUGUCUGCUGUUUUGAUAAGACAGGUACCUUGACCGGUGAGGACCUUGUCUUCGAAGGUGUUGCAUCUGCAGAUCCCAAACAGUCGAGCACCGAGCUUAUGGCGGCUACAGCCGUCCCCAAGGCAACCCAAUGGGUCCUGGCGUCUGCACACGCUCUUGUGCUACUGGAAGAUGGCGUUGUUGGGGAUCCGAUGGAAAAGGAGACGCUCAAAGCGCUCGAUUGGGACCUCGGUUCGCGCGAAAUUGUUGCACCGAAAGAGUCCAAGAAAAAGGAAAAUCUGCAAAUCCGUCGUCGAUUCCAGUUCUCGUCUGCCUUGAAGCGCCAAUCGUCGAUUUCCAUUCUGGUCCAUCCUGACUUUGGUAAGCACAAGACGUUUGCUGCUGUGAAAGGUGCUCCAGAAACGCUCCGUGACAUGUAUGCCAACGUUCCUGAUAACUACGAUGACACCUAUCGCUACUUUACCCGUAAGGGAAGUCGUGUAUUGGCGCUGGGUUAUAAGUUUUUGGAAGAUGGGUUAUCGACUGACCAGAUUAAUAACUUGUCCCGUGAUUCGGUUGAAUCUGAGUUAACGUUUGCCGGCUUCAUUGUCUUUUCAUGUCCGCUUAAAGAAGAUGCCAUUGAAGCGUUGAAGGAGCUCAACGAGUCUUCGCAUCGAUGCAUCAUGAUCACCGGAGACAAUCCGCUGACAGCAUGUGCAGUGGCACGCCAAGUCGCCAUUGUGGAACGCGACGUGCUUAUUGUUGAUAAGCUUCAGGACCAGACAGUGUUUCACUCUGUCGACGAAUCGAUUCGAUUCCCAGUGGAUCCUGAAUCGCCUUUGGACCCAAAGAUGUUGGACAAGUACGACCUUUGUCUCACGGGUGCAGCCAUGAACGAUUUCAUGGAUAAGCCAAACAUGAAGAUCCUGCUCGAACACACUUGGGUGUAUGCGCGCGUGUCACCAUCGCAAAAGGAAUAUCUACUGACGGGACUGAAAGAUCUGGGGUACACGACGUUGAUGGCUGGUGACGGCACCAAUGACGUUGGCGCAUUGAAGCAGGCACAUAUUGGCGUUGCGCUUUUGGACGGUACACCUGAGGAUCUGAAAAAGAUUGCAGAACGUGCCAAGAUGGAUCGUCUCAAGAACAUGUACGAACAGCAAAAGAAGCUAGCUGAACGUUUCAAGUCGCCUACACCGCCGCCUCCCCCGGCCAUUGCUCAUCUGUACCCCGAACAUGCCCAGCGUGCCCAGCAGCAGCAACAACAGGUCGCCAACAUGACACCGCAACAGCGUCGUCAGAUGGAGCAGAAGCAGAAGCUCGAGAGCAUGGCUACUCACUUUAUGGAGGACAUGGACAUGGAAGAACCGCCUACCAUCAAAUUUGGCGAUGCUUCGGUCGCUGCCCCUUUCACUUCGAAAUUACGCAAUGUCAUGGCAGUCAACAAUAUUAUCCGUCAAGGUCGCUGUACGCUCGUUGCAACGAUCCAAAUGUACAAAAUCCUUGCCCUCAAUUGCCUCAUUUCGGCCUACAGUUUGUCUGUGCUCUACCUGGAUGGCAUCAAAUUUGGUGAUCUUCAGGUGACAAUUUCGGGUAUGCUUAUGGCAGUCUGUUUCCUAUGCAUUUCCCGCGGCAAGCCUCUGCAAAAGCUUUCCAAGGAGCGACCUCAGCCAAACAUCUUUAAUCCGUACAUUAUCCUGUCAGUUCUUGGCCAGUUUGCCGUCCAUAUUGCUGCGUUGAUCUAUGUCAACUCGCUUGCCAACUAUUACGAACCACCCAAAGAGGUGGAUUUGGAAGGAGAAUUCGAGCCAAGUCUUUUGAACAGCGGUGUAUACCUUAUCCAGUUAUCGAUGCAAGUAUCAACCUUUGCGAUCAACUAUCAGGGAUACCCAUUCCGAGAACGUAUCCAAGAUAACAAGACCUUGUACUAUGGCCUUCUUUCUGUUGGAGGCAUUGCACUGGCUGGGGCCACCGAACUAUUCCCCGAGGUGAACGAGCAGCUCAAAUUGGUCAAUUUCCCAAGUGCGUUCCGGGACAAGUUGACAUUCUGUAUGAUUCUCGACUAUGGUGUUUCUUAUCUCAUUGAGGUUGUUACCAAGCGACUGUUUGCCGAUAACCGCGCCAAGAGCAUUGCACGACGAGGACGCGAAUGAACACGACUUGAAAGAAAUGCUUAAUGUAGACUCUCUUUCUUUCUUUUAAUAUAUAUACAAUCUAGAUAAUAAUAAAAAAAGGGGGCGUGUAUUGAACAAGCAACUUGGUCGGGUGGGAGGAGGAGGAGGAGGAGGAGGAGUGAGCCAGAGGAAAGAUCGGCGCACGUAUUAUAAUUUUAGUU